UUUGUCAAAUCACUUCUUGUUCUAGCUGGCAAGCUGUUAUCUAAGUUUUUGACGUUCAAAACUAGUGUCAACGGAAAAUUAAUAAUCUAAAAAGAUGGAGUUUCCACAAUUGGGAAAACACUGUAAUCAACAUGACUGUAAACGUUUAGAUUUCCUGCCAAUGAAGUGUGAUGCUUGCUCAAGGAUUUUCUGGUAUGUCCAGCAGUUGUCAUCUACGUCAUCAGGAUCCUUAUUUUACAUUGAUCAAUGACCACAUUCAGUAUGAGACCCAUUCCUGUAAAGAGUCAUACAAAAAGGACAAGCAGGUACCAGUAUGCCCGCUGUGUAACAAGCCCAUCCCGCUUAAGAAAGGUCAGGUAGCAGAUGAGGAGGUGGGACGGCACAUUGACAGCGACUGCCAGUCCGACCCGGCCAAAGAACGAAGAAAGGUGUACACCAACAAGUGUUCUAUGAAGGGCUGCAAAGUGAAGGAGCUGAUACCAGUCAAGUGUGACAAGUGUCACCACAACUACUGCCUGCGACAUCGCUUUGAGACAGACCACGCCUGCAAGGGGUUCCAAGAUACGGGUCGCAGCAUCACAGACUCAGGGGCAGCUGCAAUAUUCCGUUUCCAGUCGUCAAACGGCACUUCAAAGUCCUCUACCAAACCCACCACUUCAAAGCUUGCCAACGCGGUGCCUCAACAGCGCACUGGUCACAGCCUGUCACAGGGGCUGGGCCGUGAACUUAACAUGCAGAGGGCGUCUCGUCAGCAGACAACCACAGAAAAUGACCUGAGAGCAGCGCAGGCUGGUCUGUCUGAAGAGGAGAUCUUGGCUCGUGCGAUUCAGGAGUCGUUAUCACAGACUACACAACCUCCAACACAGAACACAGGACUAAGCCAGGAAGAGGAGGACAGACUGUUGGCAGAGGCAAUAGCAGCCAGUGAGGCAGAGGCACGCAGGCAACAGCAGAGGACCACAACCCAAGAGUCUCAAAACAAGAAAAGCUGUCAAGUUUCCUAGCGUUGGUUUGGCCUCGGCAUGAAGUUUUCAUCUUACCUCAGUUAUCAUCUAUACAGUGUAUUUAUGUGUUGUUAAUCUUGGGUGUCAUCGGUGCAUGUGAUAUUUUAUUGCAUUAUUUUUGUGUUUGUAAGUCUUCAUUUUUCACAAUAUUUAUACAUUUUAAUUGUGUGUUUUAAUUUCUGUGUUUAAUAUAUUUUAAGGCGUAGUGGUUUAUCUGUUUUAUCUGAUGGGACAUCAUAGAUGUGGAUAUCUACUGUCAAUAAGUAUACAAGGUUCUCUAUAUCUCUGAUUACAUGUUUAAUACAUAAAUAUAUUUCGUUUAAAACACAGUUGUAUCAAUAUUGUGUCGACAGUGAAACAUAAUUGGCAAUAAAUGUCAAUUUAGCAUAAGAUUCCAUGUUUCAAGUUAAAUAAAAGUAUUAAAAAAUUAAUAAAGUAUUGUAUGUGCAUGUGAUUUUAUAAUAUUGUUGAUCUUUUAAUAAAUGCAAUUUUAUUAGA